AAUGAAGCGACCAAUUACGAUCAUAAUUGUUGUUCUAAUUUCAACUACAAUAGACGCCUUAUCAGAUCAAGAACAAUGGCUAAACUACAAGAAAACAUACUCCAAGUCUUACAGGAAUCCGACGCACGAAAAAUAUCGCUUUUCUGCUUUUCAAAGAAACCUCCGUUUCAUCGAGGAGCACAAUUUAAAAUAUGAUAAAGGACUAGUUUCCUUCGAAAUGGGCAUGAACCAAUUCGGAGACAUAAGCCCUAGUGAUUUCAUCGAGGGGAUCAAAACUUCAAAAUCCGGGAAACCGAAAAACUUCCAAAACGCCAAUCACGGCUACAACAACUUACCAGACGAAGUCGAUUGGAGGAAAAAAGGUGCUGUGACCGAAGUUAAAGACCAGAAGAAUUGUGGAGCCUGCUGGGCUUUUAGUACUACUGGAUCAGUGGAAAGCGCGCACACAAUAAAAACGGGGAAUAUGAUAUCGCUCAGCGAGCAAAACCUUGUCGAUUGCGCCAAGGACCAUUGCUCGGGUUGCGAAGGCGGCUGGAUGGACAAAGCGAUGGAGUACAUCCAACUAAACGGCAUUAUGACUGAACAGCAGUACCCUUACCAAGCAAUAGAUUCCUAUUGUCGAUUUAAUUCCUCCGAUUCUUCAGUGAAAGUACAGAGUCACGUGUACGUUAAAACUGGCGAUGAAAAUGAUUUGAAAGCAGCUGUUGCCGCCCAACCGGUUUCUGUUGCUAUUCACGUUACCUACAUGUUCCAGUUUUACAAACAAGGAAUACUGAAUGAUCUAACUUGCCAAAAUGAUUACAACAGCUUAAAUCACGCGGUGCUCGUUGUUGGAUACGGCAGUUCCAGCGGAGGGGAUUACUGGAUAGUGAAAAACUCAUGGGCUAGUACGUGGGGUAUGAACGGUUACAUCCUCAUGACGAGAAAUGAGGAUAACCAAUGCGGAAUCGCGACAUCCGGCGUGUAUCCCGUCGUUUAAUUUAACAAACCUGUCUGGGAACGAUUAAAGUUUAUCUCUUAGUUGUUCAUUUUAACGCCGAUGCGACGCAAUAUAAAACUCCUCCGAGUGUCCGAAGUUAUAAAUUUCAUGAUGCCAACGACGGCUGUACUGACAUCGGAAGUUUUUCAAUCCUUCAUACGGUGUGUCGUAAAUUUAAUCCCUUUUAACAAUUUCUUGAAAGUUAAACUGCGUUCUAAGAAAGAAACUUUGUGUAACACUGUGCUAGUUAAUUAAGGAAUGAGAUGAAAUAAUAAGAAAUUGCUCGUG